GUGGACGCAGUGCGCAUGCGCACUCUGGAUUUUUUUCCUCACGUGGAACCUUGCCUCCUUCUUCCUCAGAGGAUCAUUCACGCGCCGCGGCUGUGUCGGGUCUUCACGUCGUCUCUCAGUCCUCCUACAGUCAGAAAUAUGGCCUUCAGGAAGUUCCUCCCUCUGUUCGACCGCGUGCUUGUGCAGCGGUUGACGGCRGAGACUGUAACAAAGGGGGGCAUCAUGCUGCCAGAGAAGGCCCAGGGCAAAGUUCUGCAGGCCACAGUGGUGGCAGUCGGACCGGGCUCUGUCAACCAGGACUUUUACAACUGGCCUGAUGAAUCAUUUGAGGAGAUGGACAGCACGCUGGCUGUUCAACAGUAUAUUCAGCAGAAUAUUCGAUCAGAUUGCUCCAACAUUGACAAGAUCCUUGAGCCUCCAGAGGGUCAGGAUGAGGGAGUGUGGAAGUAUGAGCACCUCAGGCAGUUCUGUUUGGAGCUKAAUGGACUUGCUGUAAAACUGCAGAGCGAGUGUCAUCCUGACACCUGCACUCAGAUGACGGCCACAGAACAGUGGAUCUUUUUAUGUGCUGCCCACAAGACACCCAAAGAGUGCCCUGCCAUCGAUUACACCAGGCACACGCUGGACGGAGCUGCCUGUCUUCUCAAUAGCAACAAAUACUUUCCCAGCAGGGUGAGCAUCAAGGAGUCAUCAGUGGCCAAGCUGGGCUCUGUUUGUCGUCGCAUCUAUAGGAUAUUCUCCCAUGCUUACUUCCACCAUCGUCAGAUAUUUGACAAGUAUGAGAACGAGACGUUCCUGUGUCACCGGUUCACACGCUUCGUGAUGAAAUACAACUUGAUGUCCAAGGACAACCUGAUCGUCCCCAUCCUGGAGGAGGAAGUGCAGAACACCUCAUCAGCUGGAGAGAGUGAGGCCUAACAAACAUCUGCUGCAAGAAAACUCCGAUUAUCUAUACAGUUCAGAGGAGAUGCAUUCAUUCUGCAGAAUUAUACGCAUAUAUAGACACACACACACACACACACUACAGUGUAUUAAGGCUUCUGUCUUGAGAUGCUGUCCAUGUUCUAUCUUCCACUGUUCUGUGUCUGUUGUAAAGGAAGUAAAGCUACUAGGAACAGAGCUCAGCCAAGCCUGCAGGACACAAUGAUUACAUUUAGUUUACACGCUCUCUCUGUGUCCUGCUGUCGUUGAAAACCCAUGUCCCUGACUCACUGUGUCCACAGGAACCAGCUCACUCAUACCUUCCUCACUUUGGUCAUUAUAUUAAUAUAAAAAUAAAAGCCUUCUGUGGCACUAAAUUAUUGAGUUUUAGCAUCAGAUUUUGUUAAAUACAUUUUAACUGCAUUAGUCAUGACUGCUGGUUAACAGAGGUAAAAUAAAUGAAAACAACUUUAUUGAGCCACAAAUCUACUGAAAUUUUCUAUUUUUUUUUUUUAAAUUUUUGUUUUAAGUCAUCACGUUUCCCAUUAAAGAAAUGUACUUAAAAUUCAUAAA